UCAUCUCUGUGACGUCAGAAUCAAUUUACAAUGUGAUCAACGAUAGAGGAAGUUAAAAAAGUUGACUUCAUGAACUUAAGCAGCAGCACCAGCCGUCUGAUAUGCCUGCCGGAGCUGCGUGUUUAUUUCGUCCUGCGGUAGAAAGUUCUACGGCCCGCGGGAAAGGAAAAACCAGGGGGAAGAGGGGCAGGAGGUCCCACACCGAGUAAGUUGAAGGAGCAUCGCUGGGAUUCGCUGUCACGGUCCUGAUCGGGGACUGUAUACGGAAAGUAGGAUCGUGGCAGGGCUACUAAUAAUAAUCAUGAUGGCAAUUACUGCAAGCGGGGAGAGAGUGAGCAAAGGAACUGCCAUGGAGGUUUUAACGAGAGUAGAACUUGACCUAGCGUAUUCUUCUGAAAAAUUACUGAACUUGGAGAUGCUUUUCAUGCAAGUGUCGAGCAGAGCGAGUGAUAUUGAAGCUCUGAUCACCGAGUAUGUGGAGGACAUCUCGAACGAGUCCAUCGAGAAGGCCUUUGAAUUUGAUGCCUUGUCUGGUAUUUUGAACACGGAGGUCAAAGAACUCGACAAUUUUAUGUCUUCGCUCCAGUUGGAAAUCGUGGAUGCCCACCAGAAGCUUUCUCACAGGGACAACCGCCUUGAAGAACAAUCAACAGAAAUAGAAGAGAAGUUGCAUGAUGCUCAAGAGUCCUUGAAGCAGUUUCAAGAUCAAAUUGCUGAUAUUAGAAUGCAAUCUGCAAAGUUCGAAAGGACCUUAGUUUUCGGUCGUUACGAACCUUGGACUGGCAAAGAUGAGGAUGCUGAAAAUGACCAUCUUUCUUCCAUGAAUAGCAAGUGGAAACUCCAGACAGUGGAUCAGCAAAGACAUGUUUUGCAGAUGCUGGAGAAAUCUUUGGCUAGGGAGCUGGAUCUUGAAAAGAAGUUGUCAGACUCAAGAUCUGUGGAAGAGGACCUCAAAUUGAAACUGCACAAUGCAGAAUGGGAGUCCUACUUCAUGGAAAAAUCGAUAGAAAUGAUUUUGGAGAAGCUGUUUGAGGCAGAAAACGCUGCUGAGCUGCUUCUGGGCAUCUCAAAGGAAUUAAUGGGGAAAGUCCAGAGUGUCCAGCUAAACCUAAAUGCGUCCUUGAAUAGAGAAUGCGAAAUGAAAUCCAAGUUGCAGAAAUGUAUGAUGAAGUUAUCUGCUGAAGACAGUGCUUUUGAGAAGCUGAAAACUAGUUGUGCAGAACUCGAUAACAUCCUUGCGUUGCAAGAGAAUGGUCUAAAAACCAGCCUUAAAGAAGCUGAUCAUAAUUGCACGCUUGCUGGUUCUGAGGUCUUGACGUUAAGGGAAAAGGUAAGAGCACUUGAGGAGCAGUUAGGUGAAUCUGAUAUCGAAUUGCAGGUGGCAAAGGCCGCUCUUGAAGAUAGUCAGGAGCAGCAGAGUUUGUUACGUUCUGAACUCUGCCAGCUAGAGAAUGUAAUUCAGGGUCUCAAGAAAAAUGUUCUGAAAACAGAAGACAGGGCUGAAAGUGCAGAAGCUAGGUGUACAGAAUUAACCAAAGCUAACGUGGAACUUAAUGAAGAGCUAGUUUUACUUAGAAAUAGUGGAUCGGAAAAGGCAAUCCUUCUAGAGAGACAGCUCAAGGAAUCAGAUACGCAGUUGGAACAUGCAAAAGCAUCCGUUGAAGCAAUUGAAGAGCAGCAGAAUAUGUUAUAUGCUUCCCUUAGUGAUAUGGAAAAUAUUAUUGAGGAUCUUAAGGGAAAGGUUGCAAAAGCCGAGACUAGGGCUGAGAAUGCUGAAGCUAAGUGUACUCUCUUAACUGAAACCAAUUUGGAACUAAAUGAAGAGCUGGGUUUUGUACGAAGCAGAUUGGAAUGUUUGGAGACAUCUUUGCAUCAAGCAGAUGUUGCAAAAAUGACCACUGCCAAAGACAUUGGUAUCAGGAGUAAAAUCAUUACCGACCUGGUCAUGAAACUAGCCUUGGAAAGAGAGCGCCUUCAAUUGCAGAUAUCUGCAUUAAGAAAGAAGAACAAAAUCCUGGCAGAGAGAUGCAGAACAAAGGAUCGUACUCAAAUUACUUUGAGUCACAAGGGGAAUGAUGAUGACGAUAAUGAAUUUAGCAUCCUCAAACAGUCAGAGGAAGCAUUAACAGAAUCUUCAACUACAGAUUUUCAGCUGCUUCAUGUCGUCGUCAACUUAGCGGAUCAUUCGGCUAGGGAAGCAAGGGCACGGGAGGCCAAAAGGAAGGCACGGGAAACUGAAAUAAAGGCUGAAGACGAUGCUCUGGCCGCCUAGACGAAGGUGGAAAAACUUGAAACCGACAUCAAGCACCUUCAGGAGGCUCUCAAGAAGGCGGAAGCCAAUCUCGCUCUUGCGCAGAAGAGGGAGAGAGACUGAAGAGAGGGUUGAAGAGCGUGUUUGGGAGGUCGAGCGCCAUGCUGUGGAAGAGUACAAGGCAUCAUCCAUCUUUGUCGAGGUGAAGGCUCAAGCAGUUGGAGCUUUCAAGGCAUCGCAAGAGUAUCAUGAUAGCCACGUGGCAUUCCGCAGAAAAAUUUAUCACGGGGCUCACAAGAAGGGGUGGAUCAACUGCUGGAAGCUGAUCGAGGAAGAGCAUGCAGAUAUAGAUCUUGCUUUUUUGGAUUAUGAGGAAGAUGACGAAGAAACUCCGACCCCCGAGGUCUCUGCUCUCGAGAAGGAGAAUGUUGUCGAGCCGGUUCUUGCUGUCGCCCCUUCCUCUUCUAGUGCUGAGGUCGGUCCUUCCGAGCCUCCCUCGAAUAUCGUUGAUCUCCAAGAGAAGGUCGGGGACUAAACACUU